UUGAGAAUAGUGUAAUUUGCUUUCGCUUUAAUUAAUCUGGAUUUUAGCUACUGGCAGUACGUAGCAAUAGCCUAUGACGUAGCAGAGGGAUGUGCUUGCGUUUAUAGCGAAACCCACUUGCUCUGAAGAGGAGGACAUCUAUCUGAUAUAUCUUCUCCACAAAUACUACCGCUUAACGCAAACAUACAGUCACAUGCAGUUAUGCAUCCAACAGCAUGUGUUACUGUUGAGAGGACGGCUUCACAACCGUGCAAAAUAAACAACUAUGCUCCUUAGAAAUAAGGGGGAAAAUAAAUAUGGCUGGCAGAUGAAAAUUGAGCUGCAGUGAAGAAUGUCUGAGAAAGAAGACGAGAAAGGGAAAAGGGGUGGCCACCAUACAGAGCUCUACAUCGAGGUCCCCCCAACAUGCCUGCCCAUCGUUUAUUCUCCUGAAUAUAACAUCACCUUCAUGGGUCUGGAGAAGCUACAUCCCUUUGAUGCGGGCAAAUGGGGAAAGGUCAUUCACUUCUUGAAAGAGGACCAGUUUAUCACAGACGACACCAUAGUGGCAGCCAGAGAGGCCACGGAAGAGGACCUGCUCGUUGUUCACACCAAGCGCUACCUGAGCAAACUGAAGACCCAUGUCUUGGAGGGCUCAAGAGAGUGGUCUUUGGUGGUAGCCACAAUUACAGAGAUUCCACCUGUCUUGUUCCUACCCAACUUCCUGGUCCAGCGUAAAGUCCUUCGACCUCUGCGCACUCAAACAGGGGGCACCAUCAUGGCAGGAAAGCUGGCCAUGGAUAGAGGAUGGGCCAUCAAUGUAGGAGGGGGGUUCCACCACUGCUCCAGUGACAAGGGAGGAGGCUUCUGUGCUUAUGCAGAUAUAACCCUAGCCAUCAAGUUCCUGUUUGAGCGAGUGGAAGGUGUUUGCCGGGCCACCAUCAUCGAUCUGGACGCCCAUCAGGGGAAUGGACAUGAGCGUGACUUCUUGGAAGACAGACGUGUGUACAUAAUGGACGUCUACAAUCGCUACAUCUACCCAGGAGAUGGAUACGCCAAAAGAGCGAUAAAGCGCAAGGUGGAGCUGGAUUGGGGCACUGAAGAUAUGGAGUAUCUCCAGAAGGUGGAGCUGCACGUGGAAGGGGCGCUCAAUGAGGUUCUCCCUGAUAUUAUCAUCUACAACGCCGGCACGGACAUCCUGGACGGUGACCCUCUUGGAGGCCUGGCUAUUUCGCCGCAGGGCAUUGUGAAGAGGGAUGAGAUCGUGUUCCGGGCUGCCCGACGCCGGGGGCUCCCCAUCCUCAUGGUAACGUCAGGGGGCUACCAGAAGAAGACUGCUCGCAUCAUCGCCGACUCCAUCCUCAACCUGCACCAGCAGGGCUUGAUCGAAGGCGGGGCCGCCGAGGGGCCGGAGACGUCGCUCAUGCCACUCCUGAUGAGCAAGUCGUUGUCGUCGGGGGCAACCUUCAAUGCCAUUUGAGGCUGUGGACAGCAGGAGCUGCCUGAAGUCCAGCAUUAUUAAUGGACCUCACAGGCUAAGCUUGUCCCAGGGAUGCACUUCAGAUUGGUUUUCUCUGCUGGCUGAUAAAGGUGAAAUAACCCAAGGCAUGUUAUUUGUUUUUAAAUUAAAAAAAAACACUGGUUGUAAUAGCAUGUGAAAGAAUGAAAUGUAAACAAAACGUAAAAGGCACACCAACUGGUAUUGUAAUGAAUUUUGGCAUUUUGUCCUUUAUCAGCUAUCUGAGAUGCUAUGAGACUAGUCUCAAUCCUUACAGGAUGUGUCUUUUCACUUUAGCAUUCAGGGAGUUUAACAGAGAACCGAUUGAUUCUCUUCACUUUCCAUUUUAAGACAGGUGGUGCAUCCUCCCACUCCGUGUGGCCAGUUUGAACUCUGUGCAGGGCAUGUUUUCUAACCGCAUUUCUACGACCAGUAAAACACCUCACCUUAGCUGUGGGCAGAUUCUCACAGCGAUCAACCUCACAGGAAUGACCUACUCAUUACUGGUAGGGUAGGAAUAACUAACAGGAAUAACAGGAUUUUAGACGGUAUGAAUAACAGCUUGUCAGGGACUAUGAGCUAAUUACAACAGAGUGGGCAGCAAAUGUAGAUGAAAUGGCUUCUUUUAGCGGAGAGAAGCUUCAUGUUUGAGUUAAUUUAGUGAAGGAAAAGGUACUUUGAGUUAAAAGCACUAAUGUAAGUGCUGUGUGAUGAGAAUAUAGAAUGAUAGAAUGAGAGAGUGUGAUUCAUGAUUUAAUUCAAUGUGGUCGUGGAUAACAGACAGGUUCUAGAACAGAACUGGACCUGAUCGGGCCCACACCCAUUCCAGAGUCCAGCGUACAUCUUUAUUUAUGCAGUGUGACCCCUGCAUCCACCGAUUCCACCGGUAACCACGGUUUCAGAGGUUAAUGAGGCCUGAAAUUUCAAAAUAAACAGUUCAUACGUUUUUAAUUCUGUGCCACUCUGCCGCUCCAUACGUGACUCACGUUUUUAAGCGCGUAAUUUCUCAUGUAUGUAUGUCCUCGACUAGGACAUAAAGAAAGGAAGGAAGGAAGCUUAAAAAGUUGUGUACAAUAUAUCUUUCAUUGCUCCAUCGUGAAGCAAUAAUCCCAUUUAUUCAGGAGAGGGACCACAUUCACAUAGUACCUUUUAUUAUGUUAUAUUGUCAUAAUUUUCCUAAUUGUAAUUGUAUUAGGUAUUGUUGUUGAUGUCUUGUUGUUGUUGGUGUUCACUAGUAUCCGUGGUUUCAGCUAUCCGUGGUAGGUCUUGGAAUGUAUCCCCCCGCGGAUACAGGGGCACUUCACUGUUAACAGUUAACAGUUUGAGUGGCAUAAACAGAAAAGCAAAAACAAAAAUGUUGGUCUUAAGUUACAUGCGACAGUGACUAUCUAGGAAAGGGAAUUUCCAAUUUGAGGGAACUGUCUGUUAGACUUGAUGGACAAUAGCCACAUACAUCAAACAGAAUUACACAGCAGUAGUGCAAUUACAGAAUUACACAGCAGUAGUGCAAUUUUCAGAUUUAUGGAUUUGCCAACAACAAACAGUAGUUUUAUGCACUGAAAUCAUCACAAUACAUGUGAAUCCAAUUAUUAAGGAUCCAUUUAGCAUAAUGAGUUUUUCAUUUUUUAUUUUAGUGAUGAUAGAUUAUAUUUGUUUGAAUUAUUUGUUAUGUUUGUAAAUGUAGGGAAUAUGUAUCUACAUAUUUGCAUUCGGACACCCACUGUGGAUGGCGCUGUGCUUUUUGCUGUAUUUUACUAAGAAACACACACACACAUGUUUCUAAACACCACAAUCCUAACGUUAGCCAUCUGUUUUGUAGUAGGGAGAUUCUAAUGUCAUUAGGUAUUCACAGACCCAUUUAAAGACACACUCAUGCGAUUUACAUUUUACAGUCUUAUAACAGCCCAUCCAGGUGUGUUGUACUUAAAUCCUUAAUCCGAAUAUUUUGUAUUCCUGUGUGAAUCCUGCCUUGACUGAAAUUAAUAGUUUUAAAGCUAAAGUCGCCCUCGAUCUGAGAGCCUCUUAUGAUGUCAUUUUACUACUGUGCUGUGAAAGGCUGUAAAGUUUGAUCUGUCAGAAUGCUACCCCAUUCAGAGAAUGAGCAGAAACAGACCUGCCAGCGCCUCAUCUGCUUAACAAAUCUUCCAUUCUCUCAGGAGUCAGCCGUUGGAGCUGAACGCAGAGCAUAUGAUGACAGCGCUUUGUCCAUAUGAGUGGACGGUUAAUCAUGCUUAAAAAGGGUACCUUCAAUUAUGUCAGCUGGUAGAUGGUGAUGGUAAUGGAUGGGAAUCCAAUGGCGUGGAGUAGCAUCUGGAUUGCAUACAUCCUUUGAGGGUGGUGUUGAGUGGCGUUGAGUGGUUGUUGUCGCCCUGUGAAGCGGCGCCAUUAAUGGUUUAAAAGCGUAAAGCAUUGUUUUGAGGUUUGUUUAUGUGGCAGCCCACCACCUGACUCUGGUGAGGGAAUCUUUCCUUAAUUGUAAGAACGUGUGCGAUAGACAGACUGCAUUUGUCUGAAGUAUCUCCAUAUAAACACAACUCUUUAAAAAACGGUUUACACACAGACACACACACACAA